GGGCGGGAAGUUAGGCCCCGGCGCCUCUCCGGAGCCUGGGGUUGGCCUGGCUCGCCAUGCGUUGCGGGCUGCGCCCUCGCGGGCCGGGAGCAGCGGCCCUGGCCGUGGCCCGGAAUUUGUGGGUGCCGCCCCGCCUUCCUCGUCGGCCUGGCUGGCGAGGGGCGACGAGGAGGCUUUUGGUGCGGUCAGUCACCGGGGCCAGUAACCAGCUGCAGAAUUCGAGUAAUGGCAGCUAUCGGGACACGGUGUUGCUGCCGCAGACCAGCUUCCCCAUGAAGCUGCUGGGCCGCCAGCAGCCCGACACGGAGCUGGGGGUCCAACAGAAAUGUGGAUUUUUGGAACUUUAUUCAUGGCAAAGAGAAAGAAAAGUGAAGACAGAGUUUUGUCUUCACGAUGGACCUCCUUAUGCAAAUGGUGACCCUCAUGUUGGACAUGCUUUAAAUAAGAUUUUGAAAGAUAUAGCCAACCGAUACCAUAUGAUGAGAGGUUCCAAAAUACAUUUUGUGCCAGGCUGGGAUUGUCAUGGCUUACCCAUUGAAAUAAAAGUAUUAUCAGAACUUGGUGGAAAAGCUCAGAAUCUUUCAGCUAUGGAAAUUAGAGAGAAAGCUAGAUCAUUCGCCAAGGCAGCAAUUGAGAAACAGAAAUCGGCAUUUAUUCGUUGGGGAAUAAUGGCAGAUUGGAAUAAUUGCUACUAUACAUUUGAUGGAAGAUAUGAAGCCAGACAGUUGAGAAUUUUCUAUGAAAUGUAUGAUAAGGGCUUAAUUUAUCGAUCUUAUAAACCUGUGUUUUGGUCUCCCUCAUCAAGGACUGCAUUGGCUGAAGCAGAACUUGAAUAUAAUCCAGAGCAUGUCAGUUGCUCAGUAUAUGUAAAAUUUCCUCUCUUGAAACCUUCUCCUAAGUUGGCAUCUCUUAUAGAUGGUUCAUCUCCUGUUAGUUUCUUAGUCUGGACCACCCAGCCUUGGACAAUUCCAGCCAAUCAGGCUGUUUGUUAUAUGCCAGAAUCAAAGUAUGCUGUCGUGAAGUGUUCCAAAUCUGGAGACUUCUACGUUUUAGCUGCAGAUAAAGUAACAUCUGUUGCUUCUACUUUGGAAACAACAUUUGAGGUUAUUUCAACAUUUUCUGGUGUUGACUUGGAAAAUGGUACUUGUGCUCAUCCUUUCAUUUCUGAGAGGGUGUCUCCUCUUUUACCUGCCAGUCAUGUGACCAUGACAAAAGGAACAGGGUUGGUUCACACAGCCCCAGCUCAUGGUAUGGAAGAUUACAGUGUAGCUUCUCAACACAACUUGUCCAUGGAUUGUUUAGUGAAUGAAGAUGGAGUCUUCACAGAUGCUGCAGGUCCUGAACUGCAAAACAAAGCUGUUCUUGAAGAGGGAACAGAUGCGGUUAUAAAGAUGCUUCAGGCUGCAAAGAAUUUGUUGAAAAAGGAAAAAUUGGUACACAGCUAUCCCUAUGACUGGAGGACUAAGAAACCAGUAGUUAUUCGUGCCAGCAAGCAGUGGUUUGUAAAUAUCACGGAUAUUAAGACUACAGCCAAGGAAUUGUUAAAAAAAGUGAAAUUUAUUCCUGGAUCAGCACUGAAUGCCAUGGUUGAAAUGAUGGACAGGCGGCCAUAUUGGUGUAUAUCAAGGCAAAGAGUUUGGGGUGUUCCAAUUCCUGUGUUUCAUCAUAAGACAAAAGAUGAAUUCUUGAUCAACAGCCAAACUAUUGAGCAUAUUAUUAAACUAGUGGAGGAACAUGGCAGUGAUAUCUGGUGGACUCUUCCCCCGGAGCAACUUCUUCCAAAAGAAGUCUUAUCUCAGGUUGGUGGUCCUGAUGCUUUGGAGUAUGUGCCAGGUCAGGAUAUUUUGGACAUCUGGUUUGACAGUGGAACUUCAUGGUCUUAUGUUCUUCCAGGUACUGACCAAAGAGCAGAUUUGUACAUGGAAGGAAAAGACCAGCUUGGGGGUUGGUUUCAGUCUUCCUUAUUAACAAGUGUGGCAGCAAGGAAUAAAUCACCUUUUAAGACAGUGGUUGUUCAUGGAUUUACCCUUGGAGAAAAGGGAGAAAAGAUGUCCAAGUCUCUCGGGAAUGUCAUUGAUCCUGAUGUUGUCAUUAAUGGAGGACAAGAUCAAAGCAAAGAGCCUCCCUAUGGUGCUGAUGUCCUUCGCUGGUGGGUCGCUGAGUCCAAUGUCUUCACUGAAGUGAUAAUUAGUCCAUCUGUACUGAAUGCUGCCAGAGAUGAUAUUAGCAAGCUUAGGAAUACACUCCGCUUUCUUUUGGGAAACGUGGCUGGUUUCAACCCAGAAACAGAUUCUAUCCCUGUUAACAAUAUGUAUUUCAUAGACCAGUAUAUGCUACACUUACUGCAGGAUUUAGCAAACAAGAUUACCGAUGCAUAUAAGCAGUAUGACUUUGGAAAAGUUGUUCGGCUAUUACGAGCAUUUUAUACCAGAGAACUCUCCAACUUUUAUUUCAGCAUAAUCAAAGAUAGGCUUUAUUGUGAAAAUGCAGAUGAUCCCAAACGACGCUCUUGUCAGACUGCAUUAGCCGAAAUUUUGGAUGUAAUGGUUCGUUCUUUUGCUCCCAUUCUUCCUCACUUGGCUGAAGAGGUAUUCCAGUACGUACCUUACAUUAAAGAACCCAAGAGUGUUUUUCGUACUGGAUGGAUUAGAACCAGUUCUAUCUGGAAGAAGCCUGGACUGGAAGAAGCAAUAGAGAGUGCAUGUGCGAUGAGAGAUUCAUUUCUUGGAAGCAUCCCUGGCAGAAAUGCAGCUGAGUAUGAGGUUAUCAUUGUGAUUGAGCCUGGACUGCUUUUUGAGAUAAUAGAAAUGCUACAGGCUGAGGAGACUUCCAGCACCUCUCAGCUGAAUGAAUUAAUGAUGGCGUCCCAGACAACUUUGCUCUCUCAGGAACCACGAGCAGUAACUGCAGAUGUCACUGAGCUUAAAGGGACAUUUCUAAUCAACCUAGAAGGUGGUGAUAUUCGUGAAGAGUCUUCAUAUAAAGUAAUUGUCAUGCCAACUACCAAGGAAAAAUGCCCUCGCUGUUGGAAGUACACUGCUGAGUCAUCAGACACACUCUGUCCGCGAUGCACAGGAGUUGUGAGAGGGAAGUAAUACCUCGCUGUGUUGAGGGCUUUCUGAGCAAGAACUUCCUGACGGGACUGCCUGGGGGUUUAGGUGGAUUGUUCACAGCACUGCAAAGAAAUCCAAGAUUUAGGUAAUGAGUGGAAGAGUAAGUGGUAGAGGAUGAGAGUCAGAGUUAGAGCUACAAGCUUUUUCUGCAACUAAAUAAAAAAUGACGUGUAUAUAUACACAUGGAAAAAUAUACCUAUGCAGAUGGAUCCAUAAUGGACUUCCUCAGAACACAGACACUGAAAAUGCUUGCCUACAAACGUGGCUCAGCAGAAAAUGUUUUAUAUUUUAUCAGUCUUCUUGACUCAGUAUUUAAGUUCUAUAAUGUCUAAAAAUAAAGGCACCUGGGAAAUUACUGACUGA